UCGCCAUCUGCGGGGACCGUGAAUAAAGGAUCCAGGACUAUUGCCAGGAAUACUUUUUGGGAGAUAUAUUGUCUAACAGCUAAUAAGUGUAACACAGUUGAACUAUCUGAGAAUAAAGAAGAAAGUCUUAACAAGAGGAUGUAUGCGGAAUAUGUCUAUUAAACAGUUGGAUGCGUAUGGGAUAAAGAAACUUGGCGUACAUGUAGUCUGGUGUGGCGCUGUACAGAAUUAGAAAACAGUAACAACAGCACCAUCUUUUCUCAAAAAACCUAAGAAUGUCUUGAAAGAAAGCUUAGUUGAUGGUUUAUGUAGAACCAAUUUUUAUAUUUGUGCAGUGAAAUGACUGAAUAUACAUGGUUGGAGACUCGGCCGUCUCCUUUAAAUAACUAGGUUAUUGUUGUCCUCAAAAAGUAUUUUGAAGUAUUUUUUUGCUAUGUGAGGCUACAAUUCUCAAUCAAACGAGGAUCAACGUAGAAGAGACGGAUAUUUCUAGUUAAAGUCAACACUGGACUGAUAUAGCGUGAACUCAUCUAUAUGGUGGGGUAUUAAAUAUUUUCAAGGAGUUGCCGACUCGUAGCCAAGUCAUGGUGGUGGAGCGGACACUUCUCGCCGCAAGGCAGGGGGAUGUACAAACUCUGAAAGUGCAAUUAGCGGAAAAAGUACUGAAUGGUGAUGUAAAGGACCUUCUGGGUGCCUCACCCGUACAUCAUGCUGCCCGGGCUGGGAAACUGACAUGCGUAAGGUACCUGGUUGAAGAAGCUGGUCUACCGGGUAACAGCUUGGCAAAUAAUGGAGCAAGCCCCGCACACGACGCUGCUGCCACUGGUAACUUGGCCUGCCUGCAGUGGCUCUUAACACAAGGUGGAUGCUGUGCCGUGGAUAGGGACAGUUCUGGAGCCACUGUUCUCCAUCUUGCAUCCCGUUUCAGCCACCACGAGAUCACUGAUUGGCUACUGAAGAGUGGGGAGGCAGACCCCGGGGUUGCCACGGACACUGGGGCCCUCCCUGUCCACUAUGCUGCUGCCAAGGGAGACCUCCCCUCCUUAAGACUACUAUUGGGACACAGCCCAAAUGUUGUCAACUCCCAAACAAAGAAUGGUGCCACACCCCUGUACCUGGCCUGCCAGGAGGGUCACCUUGAGGUUGUCCAGUACCUGGUGAAGGACUGUGGGGCAGAGCCCAGCAUAAGAGCCAAUGAUGGAAUGACACCUCUACACGCUGCAGCCCAGAUGGGCCAUAACACAGUAAUCGUCUGGCUGAUGAGCUUCACAGAGAUCAGCCUGGCAGACAGGGACAGUGAUGGUGCCACAGCCAUGCACUUUGCUGCCAGCCGUGGCCACGCCAAGGUGCUCAGCUGGCUGCUGCUGCACGGGGGAGAGAUCAUCACAGAUAGCUGGGGCGGGACUCCUCUACACGACGCUUCUGAGAACGGGGAACUGGAGUGCUGUCAGAUCUUGGUGGUGAACGGGGUGGACCUGGGCAUCAGGGACCAGGAUGGCUUCUCAGCAGCUGACCUAGCAGAGUACAACGGCCAUGGCCAGUGUGCCAAGUACCUGCGUACAGUGGAGAACAUGAGUGUGGAGCAUCGUGUGCUGUCAAGGGACCCCUCAGCCGACCUGGAGUACAACAAGCAGCCAGACUCUGGGCUUUCCUCUCCCAAUAACACCAUGCCCCCCUCAGUCCAGCCCGCACACUUCGACAUCGGCUCACCCUCUAGCACCCUGUCCAACUACGACUCGGCCAACUCCAGCCAGUCCAGCACAGGCGAGAAGAGGAGUGGCUCGCCCCCCUCAUGCCCCCCUGCAGGACAGUCAGAAUCGGCCAUCACAGAUAUGCAGACCUACAUGGACAUGCUAAACCCAGACACUCCCAAAAAGGAGCAACAGACUAGCUCCACCCAGGCACAGCUCCCUCCCCCUCCAUCCUUCCCUCCUCCUCCACCUCCUCCCGACAACCAUCAAAUCCUGCCUCCCCCACCUGGCUACCCAGCCCCCCAGCCACCUGAGGAGCAGGUUUCCGCUGACAUCUACCUGAAGGUGAAGAGCAACCUGAGGCACGUGGACAGUGACGCUGCUAAGAAGGAGCUGAUCCCAGGUGAGAACCCAGACAAACUGCGCCGGGUUGAUUCAAAUAGGAAGUCCAGAAGCUUCAGCAAACAGCCCAGCACUGGGGACUACUAUAAAGCCCUUGGUAGUGACACCACGGAACACCGUGGGAGUAGAAGCAUGGCACCCAAUGAGGAGGGUUCUCUAUUAUUGGAGGAACCCGCAGAAAGCCCGGCCCCCAGCCCUGAGAAUGGUACUGCAGAGGAGUUGGUCCCUCCUCCUCCUCCUCCUCCCCCACCACCACUUCCUGCUAGCAAUCCAACCCCCGCACCCCCUCCUCCCCCUCCACUACCCUCGGAAAUGACCACACAUCACUACUCUUCCACAAACAACAACGCCAAUCAGCGACGACUGUCAUCUUCAUCAGGAAGCAGGACUCUUCCAUCUCCUUCCCACUCAGGGGCUGGAGCCCUUAGACCAAUAAAGAGCACAAAGUCCUUCAACAUGAUGUCCCCCACUGGAGACAACUCGGAACUGCUGGCCGAGAUCAAAGCAGGAAAGAGCUUGAAGCCCACACCUCACACUAAAGGAUACACCACUGUCUUCUCCAACAGCAGUCCUCCUGGGAACAACGGCGGUAGCACUCCAUCCCCACCAGAGACCCGCACGGCCAGCCCUUCCACCAAGCCGUCAUCACCCCCUCCAUCCACCACCAACAUAACUACCCCACCUACUACUCCCAGCCCAGUGGGCCCUGGCACACCCAGGACCCUCUCCAGCUCCAUGAGCUACGAGCAGCUGCCGUCGUCAGCAGUCCUGAAUGGGACAAGCGGUGGGGCAGAGGCAGGACUGGGCCAGCCCCGGAAGACCAGCCUAGUGGAUGUGGAAGCGCUGGUGCCUACCCAUGAUGAACAGGGCAGAGCAAUUCCUGAGUGGAAGAGGCAGGUUAUGGUGCGCAAACUGCAGGUCAAGAUGCAAGAAGAGGAAGAACACAAGCGCAAGGUUGAUGAGGAGGCAGCCCGACUGGCAUCCAUGCCUGCAUGGCGGAGGGACAUCAUGAAGAAGAAACUUGAUGAUGAGAAGUCGGGCAGGGAACAAAAGAGAAAAGAACAGGAGCAAGCGAAAAUGGCCAAGGAAUCUGAGGAGAAGACAGAGCUUGAGCGAAUACGGACCCUGGGUUACGACGAGACCAAGUUGGCACCGUGGCAACGACAGAUCAUCCUAAAGAAAGGGGACAUAGCAAAACAGUAGAACACCCUCUCAAGCUUGUAAACCCCUCCAUACUCCCUACCAUCAUUUCCCAAGCCCUGCGCCUUCAUCAAUCAUCCCUCCCCCAUGCUAGUGGGGGGAAUGCAUAGGCCUCUCCAUUCCAACCUUAGCUAAUCAGGACCAUGCUAUGGUUGCCACUACUAUGCAUGCUUUGCAGCUUGGCCAGCCUGACACAGCUGGACCCCCACGAUGGUCUUCUGGACACACUAUUUAUAGGAUAUUAUUAGUUGUGUCUGAUUCAAAGGACUACAUUAGCAUGUUGAAUAGAUGCUCCCCUUUUUUCUUUGCUAAAAUCAUACUUACCCAAACUGUAUGAAUAUCCUUAGUGUUUAAUCAUAUCAAAUCACACUAUUAGCUUUACUUACUUGAUGUUAUUUUACAUGGUCAUAGGUUAUUACAUUUCUACACAUUACCACAUAUUAGCACAGUUUUGUAUACCAGGUGGAUAGGUGGAACAGAUUAAGAAUUGUACUUUUUAACUACCAUUGUCUGGAGAUAAAAUAAAUGUUUCAUGGUUCCUUAUCAUCUGUCACACACACAAACUAAUAAAUCGUGAACUGAAAGGAGUUCUAGUUUAUGUUUGUUUGGAAAGUGUCAUGGUAAACAGGCUUGCUAGGCAAAAUCUGCUGCAGGUGUUGUAUUGUUAUUUGAUAAUGUAGAAAGUUGCAACUGGGACACUGCCAUAGAGAUUUCUAUCUAUGGUCUCAACUUAAAAGCUAUUUCUUAUUUAGCUUGUGUAGCACUGUCUGAAUGAUCUCUAGUCUAAACUGCCAGAAAUGUUAUGCUUUCAAGUGGUCUAAACACAUCCAGAAAGAAUUUAUGGGGCUCCUUUUUAUAGUCAUUCUUUGAAAAUGUCAAAUGUCUCUUGUAACUAUGAAAUAGUUGAGGUUCAUUUGACUCAUAUCAAACUUUGCCUCAUUUUGAAUUAAUCAUAUUGAGCAAAUAGCCCAUUUAUAUUUUUCAAUUCAUUUCUUUAAAUGUUAAGUUAUUGUGACCAUUGUGAAUGUUGUGCGUUUUGUGUCUUAUGGAUAUCAAAUGUAUUAUUCCGAAAGUAAAGUCCAAUACUCUCAAGGGAAUUUAUUACUUCCCAAUAUGCCAAGGAGAGACGAUAUGUUUUAAAAUCGACAAUAGAAUUCAGCAAGAAGAAAGGAAUUUAUUGGAUGUGUGAACAAUUAAAUCAUAAAAGAGCACAAGGCACAAUGAAUAUUGCAGAAGAACAGAAAAUAAAUCAAUUACUCUGUAUCUAUUCUGGUUUGUCCCGUUAACUCAGGGUGUAAAUCUUUAAUGUGCAGAUCCCCUUACUGGAUGAGUGCUUUCUGUCUGAGAGUACUGACAUUCUGAAUACUCUGUGGAUCAUGCAGCGGUGUGGUAUAGACUCUUAGAGAGCUACUAGGUGUGCAGACAGUUUUUCCAGUCCAAAACUAAUACCAGACUAAUUGUUGUGGGACCAAACUUUUAGAAACAUUGCAUGUCAUAUUUGGGAUAUUUUAGAAAUGAUCAUAGACACAUUUAAGGUCUGUAUAGAAUAGAGUGUGCACUGUGAUGUUGUGUCUAGGUUGUUGGACCUUGGAAAUGUGCCGGAUGUGUCUUUCUGAAUGUGUAUAUGGGCCCAGUAAUAUCCAAAAAUAUGCUAUAGGUUUACUUUAUGUAUGUUGAAUGUAGAUUUUUACAAGUGACUCACACAUAUAAAACACAUGGUCCUUUCCGAGUAAUUAUUUGGAAAUAUUUUAAUUCACUUCAUUGGAUGCCAUAUUGAUGUUUAAAUUAAAAAGCUAUGUUGAUGUCAUUGCCAUUAGAAGAUUUUCUAUACAUAAACUGUACAUAGUAACCCUCAAUACUUGUUCAUUGUUCCAAUAUUAUCCUAGAUGAUAUUACAGUUCUGAGCCUUGCUUACAUAGAACGUCGGUUCAUUAAUGUCCAAUAUUUUCAGACUGUCAAAUGGAAUUAAAUAAAACUUU